GAAGUGGCCUCCCACUUCAGGAAGUGCUGUGUAUACACAAAGCUGGAGAGGGAGAAGAUGGAGAGGAGCUUGUACGACACCGGGGGGACCUCCGACUCCGACUGGGGGGAGGACGCUGAGGAGGAAGUGAAAGACGGACCGGAGGCACCACGGGCCGAGGCUGGAUCCCUCUGCAGGAACUUGGCAGCGUUCUGGUUGCUGGGUCUGUGUAAUAACUUUGCCUACGUGGUGAUGCUGAGUGCAGCCCAUGACAUCCUCCGGACAGAGACCAACGAGACCUCGACGGCCGUCCUCCUGGCUGACAUUUUGCCCACAUUGGUCAUUAAAUUCACCGCCCCGCUCUACAUAGAGCAGAUUCCUUACAAUUACAGGGUCAUUGUGUGUAUCAUCACCGCGGCCAGCAGCUUCCUGAUCGUCUCCUUCUCCACAGACAUAGCAGUGAGCCUGCUGGGUGUGGUGUUUGCCAGCGUGUCCUCCGGAUUGGGUGAGAUCACCUUCCUCAGCCUCACCGCUUUCUUCUACAGUGACGUGGUGUCAUAUUGGUCCUCUGGGACGGGUGGAGCCGGUAUCCUGGGCGCGCUCUCCUAUCUGGGACUCACAGUGGCCGGUCUGUCCCCCCGGAACUCCCUGCUGGUCAUGCUUAUUAUCCCCACUCUGCUCCUGAUAAGUUAUUUUAUCCUCUUACUCCCCCCGUCCUCACUCCCUCGUUGGAAGUUACCUGAAGGACGCAGUAGCACCCUUCCUGCUCACCGGCAACCUCUGCUGAAUGACUCCGCCCCCCGGCAGACAGAUCCUCAUCUGACGCCAUCCAGUCCUCAUCUGACGCUUUAUCAGAAGUGGCAAAUCAUUAAGUCUCUACUGAAGUAUAUGGUUCCCCUGUCUCUGGUAUACUUUGCUGAAUACUUCAUUAACCAGGGCUUGUUUGAGUUAAUUUACUUCCCUCACAUCACGAUGAGCCACUCGGAGCAGUACAGAUGGUAUCAGAUGCUGUACCAGGCCGGAGUGUUUAUAUCUCGAUCGUCUGUUCGCUGUGUCAAAAUUAGACAUAUAUGGGUCCUUUCGUGUCUCCAGUGUGGACUGGCCAUCUUCCUCCUGGUCGGAGUCUCCUACCUCUUCCUCACCAAGCUCACGCUGUAUGGAAUCUUUGCCAUUAUACUAUUCGAGGGGCUGCUGGGGGGUGCCGCGUAUGUCAACACAUUCAACAACAUUGCAGUAGAGAGCAAACCGGAAGACAAGGAGUUCUCCAUGGCGGCUGCCUGCGUGUCGGACACUCUGGGAAUAUCCAUCUCCGGGGCCUUGGCCAUCCCUGUUCAUAACUACUUCUGUGGACUGCCGUGAUGUCAUCUGGCGUGCUGCAGAGGAUUCUGGGUAGAAACUGGCAAAUGCUCUACCACUGC